AUGCUUCAUAGAAGCAAAAUGUCGUCGUUGUUUUCAUAUUGGAGAGUACGAAAAAAAUUGCCAGAUCCAACAGGCCCUUUCACAGUAGGAUGCACAGAUUACAUGUGCACUGCUGUAAACGAAUCUGGUGGAGGGGAAAAUGCCGGCAGCUUCAUUCGUUUCUUUUACCCAGUGGAUAAGACUGCUGGACCAAUCGAUGAAUCAAAGUAUUGCUUUUGGAUGCCUCGUGAAGAAUAUACAACAGGGCUCCUGAAAUUUAUGAAACUUCCCGUUUGGUUGUUGUCACAAUUCUUUUAUUGGAGCGUUGGUGAGUUAAGCUUUGAAUACUUGACGUUGUCCCCCAAUGGAAAAUGGAAGAGUCCCGGGAAAGAGUUUCUUAACAAUUAGUGCGAUGAACGAGCUUUAUUUUUGCAAAAGUCCUGAGCAAAAAAUAAUAAGCGUGCGACUCUUUAUCCUUCACUUGACAGUGGACAGAAACAAUUAAGUCACCAACAACUCAAGUUCUGGUCGGGAUGUUAGUAAAUGUACGCAACAGGGCAGGAGAGGAAAGAAGACAGCAGACCUUGUGUGACAAGCAUGGCAGUAAUUUUGUUUGAAACAACUUUCCUUUAAACAGAUGUUUUUGCAAGACCAGAAACAUUAAUGUUAAAAGAAGAUCACAACAUAACACUCAAGUAAUAGCCCUGUCAUGUUUGUCACAUACAAGCAUUUUGCUGUCCACUUCUGUCUGCCAUCCUGUUGCAUAAACUCACUUGUUCAGUUUCAAGCUUGGAGAGUACAGUGAAUCUGGGUUCCCUGUGCUUACCUUGAAAACCUUGGCUUUGUGUGCCUCUCUGUGGCCUAAGAGUAAGGUGUGGGAUCACCUCUACCUCCCGUAGUUUGCCAAAUCCAUUGUCUGUUACUGUAUAUUGUAAUUAAACAGAUUUUUUAGUACAGAUUGUAAUUCUUUUCAUGUUGUUCUCAUUUGUUAAUAUAUGAAAGAAAGUAAAAGCAAAACAAGACCUUAAAAGAACAAUUUAAGAUUAAUUGAAUUUUAGCACAACAUUGGUUGUACUUAUAUAUUUGAGGUGACUAUUAAAAAUUUUUACCCACAACUACAGUAAUGCUUUGUUUUUAAAUGCUGGUUUCAGGGAGUCUUCGUAUACCUGCAGUAUACAAUGCCCCUGUUUAUAAACCCAGCAAUUAUAGUUUGGAGAUGCAGUCAUUGCCUUGUGUAGUGUUUUCACAUGGCCUGGGUGGCAACCGUCUUCUUUACAGUACCUACUGCUGUGAUCUUGCUUCACAUGGUUGUUUUGUGGCAUGUGUUGAACACAGGUAAGCCAUGUACACUGUGAUGAUAGAGUUAAGUUUAUGUAAGUCAUAACCCACAUUGCCAGAGUUCAACCGUUUUUAAUUUUAUGUAACACCCAGUGGAACCUCUCAUGGCCUCUCCUUAGAAUGACCACCUUUUUAGAGAGGUGACCGUGCAUGCACAGCUGUAAGACAGCAUAAUAUAAGUGACAUUAAUUUUGUAGAGAGAUGGUCAUUUAAAUUAAUGAGGGUCCCUAAUGCAUGUACAGUCCAGUCGUACUCUUUAUAACUCGAACCCUUGUUAACUUGAACCUCGUGCUACUCUAACCAAAAUCAAUUUCCCCUGGAUUCCUUCAUAAAUUUACUACAAUUUUACCCUUGGUCACUCAAACCUUCGAUAACUCAAACCUCCCGCUACUAACCUCAAAGUAAUUUUCAUUUCCCUUCAGAUCAUUUCUGUAUCAACUUACCCUUGAUAACUCGAACCAUGUUUUGAGCUCCUGACUAGUUGAAAAAAAAAAGUGCAGUGCAGUCCGAAUCAUUGAAUUUGUUUUAACAGCCAUGCAUUCUUUGUCUUCUUUGUCUCCCAUUUCCUUAUUUUCGGUUAUUUACUUCGAACUCCCAAUAACUUGAACUAUUCAUUAUUUUUCGAAUUCCCUUGAAGGUUAGAGUUAUCGGGAUUGGACUGUAGGUUUUUUGGGAUCCAGGAUUUAGCUUAUGUCAAGGUUUUCAUUUGGGAUGAGAAAGGAUAUGAACUUAGCUUUGGACAGUUGUCAACAGGCGAGGGGAGCAAAAACAAAACUCCCAUAAAAUUUGUAGUGAUAUUAACAAAAAAUAUUUGCUUUGCAAAUUGCCAACAUUUGAUUUUUUGGUGAUAUCAAAUAAAAGAGGCCAAUGUUUUAAAGUUUUUCGUUAAAAUAAUUUGUUUUUAGAGAUGAGUCAGCAUCUGCAACGUAUAUUUUAAAAGAGAAAGAGGACUCUGAAAUCACAGAAGAAUGGAUCCAAUAUCACCCACUGCAACCAAGUUACAAUGAGUUUGAAUUUAGAAACAAUCAGGUUGGUAAACUGUGGUAGACAUUUUUUAUAUAGUUUUGUGAAAUUUCUUUAAGAUCAGUCUAAGGGCUAAUUUGGGUGCCCUAUGCAAGUGUGUAUUGUGUGUUUUCACAUGAUGUCAUGGCGGCCAUAUUUGUGUCCCAAACCAAUGAAACGGUGGCCAUGUUUGUGUCCCAAACCAAUCCUGUGGGAGUUGAACUCUUUUCUUAUGUAAACCAGUGCCGUAGCCAGACCAAACGGCCAACCGAGGCAGGGGGGAGUUGCUAGGGGGGUUCAGGGGCAUGCCCCCCCCAAGAAAUUUUGAACUUUAGUCUCUCGGAAAUGCGAUUUGCAGCGUUUUCUGGGCCUUUAGGUAACUUUUUUUCGAGUUAAUGUAAGUGGAAUUUAAAAAGCAAUAAUCAGAAACAAGCUACAUAAUCUGGGUGACCGUUAACCUCGCCAAUGGUUUUGAUCAGUAUUUGUUCAAAAAAAAUUUGAGUUAACGUACGUAGCCCCUUGAGAUCGAUGAUAUGGUAAUUUUUUCAUAGUAUAUUGACUGAAUUGCUGAAUUCUUUGUAAUAUCAUGAUGCGUUAAAAAUAUCCGAUAAUCGCUUAUGUAAAAUAAAAAUGAUCGGCGAAAUUCGUCAAAAUUUUACCGAGGCGAGUGCCUCGGUUGGCCUCAUACUAGCUACGGCGCUGGUUUAGCUUUCUUUUGUUCCAAUAAAUUUGCAUAGAUGCUGGCCACGUGAGUGAAAACACAGAAUAGUGAUGCAUUUUAUGGUGAUAUUCUUGCAACGUUUUUUUUUUCUCUUAGGUUCAUAAAAGAGCAGAUGAAUGUAUAUAUGCUCACAACUUACUAGAGAAAAUUCAUGCAGGAAAGUUUCCUCACAAUUUGUUCAAAGAUUCAUCCAUUUUAACACAACUCAAGGUGAUUGAUUGUUUUGGUAAUAUUAAUAACCACAUACAUGUAUGCAUGAACAAAAAUUUAUAAGGAAAACUAUUUUCUUAUUUUGCCCUUCUCUUUUAAAAAAUGCAUGGAAUGAAUGUUCUGUUGCAAGCUCCGAUUUGAAUGAUCUCUUGACCUCCCUACAUUUAUCUCUUUUAACAAGUUUUGUGCAAGAAGAUGAACUGCAUCCCUUUAGUCAAACCUAGACUGGAUUACUAGCCUAAGUCAAACCUCAACUAGCAGUCACCUCUUUUCAAUGGCUCCUUUUCUUUGCUCUAGCUGAUUCAAUGACACUAGAAGCUUUAACCUGUCUUAAACAGCGCCGGCUUCUGAUAUUUUCUUGGAUGUUGCGAUUUUGCAAGUUAUUGACCUCCAAUUGCAGAAUUCGUGAAAAAUCACAUAAUUCGUACAAAAAAUGGUAAAUUCAUGAAAGGAAAACAAUAAAUUCUACCUUUAAUUAAACAUUUCUCAAUCUUAAUGUUAGUUAUUAAAAGGUGAUUUACCUCUAAAGAGAGCCUUGCAAGACAUCUGAAACCUAAUUUUCUUUUUCUCCAAUUUGUAUUCUUUCUGGGUCAAGAUAAUUGGACAAAUUUAACUAUCUUGUUUUGAAAUAGAUGUUUUAUUAUUCUUUCACAUUCAAAUUGCCUGUUAAACAACAUUAAAGUGAUUUUUCUCCUUUGAAACCUGAGAAAACAAUGUUAUUUAGCCCUGAAAAAACUGCAUAAUUUAUCGCAUAAUAGUCCUAUCUUAUCGCACAAUCUGCCCUGAAAAUGCCGCUUAAUUUCUGCUUUUUUAUCGCACCCUAUCAGAAGGCCUGUAUCUACAAUAGCUACCACCCUACAAGUAUACUUCCCUGUGUAUCCAAUUACUUUUGGUUUGCCCUUGAUCUUCACAACUGCUAAUAAUGUUUGACUUGUGUCUUCACCUCUGUAGUGGCCACCACCCUACCAUGGGCACUUUCCUCUGUCCCAAAGAUGGCCACUGUGAAGAUCAUAAUCUGACUUUAUUCCACACUAAGUCUCUCACUCAAUAACAUAAAAAAAAAUGGACAACAAUUUUUUGACCGCUAAUUUAUAGCAUAGAAAUGCUGUAAAAAUGCUGAAAACUCAUUCAAGUGGAAUGGCGAGUGGUUUCAAUGCAAAAUAUUUGAGGUCUUUUUCAGGUGAAGUUACAGCUGUAUCUUGGAAAAUCACAAAUUGUGUCACCAUCAUUAUCAGUCCGUGCCCUCAUCAGCCAUAGUUCUUUUUUCACCAGUCAGUGUAGGAAAAAAUCGCUCUGUUGUUGUAACAUUUUUUUUCCACUUAAGGGAAGGUUGGACUUGAGUAAAGUAGCAGUUGUAGGCCACUCAUUUGGAGGAGCUACCACAGUGUUGACUCUGGCAAAAGACAAGCGAUUUAGGUAAGGAACUCUAGGAUCAAGUCCUUGAGUAUAUCCAUAGCAAGGGUAGCACAAAGGAGGGUGGUUUAGUGGUGACAGCAUUUGUCUCUCACCAGUGUGGCCUGGGGUAACAUCCCAGCAUCAAUGCCCUAUGGGUGUGUUGCAGAGUUUGUUGUUGGGUCUCUCACAUGUUCCAUGACAACCUGGUUCCCAUGGUCCUCUCCUACCCUCUCUCUUGCUACACAGGGAUGAGUAGAAGAGGACCCUGGGAAUGAGGUUGGUUCCCUGAGAGGUUUACUUCAGGUACUCCAGUUUUCCAAAUUCCAGUUCGUCCAGGAAUGGCAAGCAAAGAACCACUAUGUGGUAGUGUUACCUCUAAAUCAUUACGAUAUCUGUUAUUUAGUGUGAGAUACUGAAGAGGGUUUGUCUUGCCUACUCUGUUUCCUUUACAUUGACAAAAUCAAGUUACCCAGGAGUGCACUACUGAAAAUUGCCAAAUGUGCUAAUAAGGGGAAGAAUACAAAACCAAAAUGUAGGUCGUUUCUGAGGUUCAAAAACUCUCUCUUUUUGAACGAGGCUAAGUGCAACACCUUUUGUUAUUUCUUUUUUACCAUUUGUAAGGUGUAUUAUAAUGUAAGUUGCAGCACUGUAGUGGACAGUUGAAAUUGUGAAAUAGCAUGUAUAUCUAAUAAACGCCCCCUUUUGGAGACAUAGACAGUAGUCUAUGAAUUGUUUAAAACUUGUGGCGUGUGAGCCAGGUCCCGGCAGGGUUGGGGGCGGGAAGCUGUGGUGUUUUUUUCCUCUCCACCCCCACCACUCGAGAUCUUAAAUGCUUGUAGUCUAAGGCUGGGAGAAAAUCGUCAAGGAAUGGACGUUAAUUUAAUUGUGGUUUUGUACAGAUGUGGUGUCGCUCUGGAUGUGUGGAUGUUACCAUUAGGAGAAGAGAUCUUUAAAUAUGAUGUAGAUCAACCUUUGUUUUUCAUUAACACACAAGCUUUCCAUCGCUGGAAGGAAAACAUGGAACCAUUGAAAAACUUCAUAAACAAAAAGCCAGGUAAGCCUUCUUACCUUGAAACCUCUUAUUACUGCGCUUUUCACAAACAUGCGAAUUCUGAAGUUCUAAGGCCCACUGACGAUUGCAUUUUGCGCUGCCGUCAUUCAUCUUAACGGACCUCUUAGGAAGCAAACCUUUACUUUAACGGGUUCAAAAGGUCAUGGUUUGUGAUUUGUGUUCGGUGGAUUUUGUGUUUCAAGGUCAGUUGCUUGUGAUCGUAAUCAUUAUUGACAGCAGCGAAAAACGCAAUUGUAAAAGCCGCUUUUGAACUUUAUAGUUCGCAUGUUUGUGAAAAAUGCAGUAAUCGAUGCCAGUUUAAUCGUUUGCGAGGUCUGUGAUGUAAAUUACGGAGCAAGUUCCCAAGCAGGUUCCCUGCUAGCAGAGGUCUCUCUCUCUGCCUCGUCGUGAGAGACCUCUGCCAGACGAGGCAGACAGAGACCUCUGCUGGCAGGGAACUAAGUAGGUAGCUAGUGGACCAUAAACCGAGGUGGAAAAUCAGGAUCCCUUAACUGCAGUGCAGACAAGAAGAAGUUACAAUCACGGAAUGAGACAGGGCUGUCAUUAACUUACCUGUGUGGCAGAAGCAAAAAGGGAAGGGGAGGGAUAAAAGCGUGAAAGGGGGAAAGGGAAUCCCCCUCCCUUUUUCCCUUCCUCCCUAUCCCCUACCCCUUUCGACGCCUGCUACGCAGGCUAUCAUUAGACUUUUAAGUGGCUUAUUAUACUUGUCUCGUAGAGAAACCGACAAAUCCUUAAAUGUGUAACUCAUUUUCAAACUUAGAAUAGCCGCAAUCUGAAAUUUGCGCUGUAAAAAUGAUGGACCGAGUGAGAAGUCGAACUACUGUAGGAAGUGUGCGCCCCUAAAUCGAGGGGAAGAUAAUGCUCCAUAUUAAACUGCAGCACAGGCGGAGAAAAGGAGAGUAAUAAGAUAUUUAUUUUAUUGAUUACUUAUCACAGAACGAGAAUGACUUGACAGGAGUACAUCAACACAUUUAAUUCACGAAUCAGUUUUCCUUUCACCGACUUCACCUGUGUCUGACACGUUACGAUAAAACUUCUGCCUUCUGUCCCCGUUAAACUGAGAACGCUAAGUGACAUCUUCUUUACUUUCAACACUGGAAUUAUAAGUACUAAUUGGAAGAAAGACUCUAUACUUCUUUAAAAAUGCACAUAAAACCUUUCAAGUUACUUCAUUGAUCGUGAGGUUCCAUCCUCUUGCAGAUCAACGGCCUAUUAUAGCCAUAAGGUAAGCGUACUCUUUCUUUGACCAAGAAACCUGGUCUUGGUAUUCAGUUAAUUUUGUUGCGUGGCCAGUCAGUGUACUUGUAAUAGGUAGUUUAAGCCACAGCGUUUUUGAGCGACGCAUGUCAACUUGAAGGGGGCUUUUUGCAAUCUUGGACCGUGAUUUUGAACAAGUAUUCCAGCAGAUCAUCUCUAUCAGAGUAAAGACACUUAGCAAUACAAAUUUGGCAGCCUCAGGGCAUAUUAAAAGGGAAAAGGAUUCACUUCCGGUUGAUGUGCGUCGCUCUCGCGGAAGACUGACGACUAAUUUAUUUAGGCAAGACAAGACAAGACAAUGUUUUAUUUGGAGUCUUAUACAGUCCUAUGUAUAUCAACUUUAUCCAAAUAAUUUAAAAUUAUAACACAAAUUGCACACUAGUGGAACUACGAGCAAUGUUAACCUAAACAACUAAUGAUCUUCUUUUCUCAUAGCAGUCGAAUACGUAUUUUGCAAUUAACUUUUGCACUUAUUUAUCGCAGGUGGACCAAACACAUGAAUCAAUGCGACAUUCCAUCCGUUCUACCACCAUAUAUUUUGCGCAUGACAUCCCUUGGUAGCAAGCUUGAUCCAUCCACCGCAGUUGGUCUCCACAGAAGGGCUGUUUGGGCCUUUAUAUCAAGGCAUCUUGGUACUUGUUAG